AUGGAGAAGACAGAUCAGCGAGAAACUCGAGACUUCAUGAACGUUGAAUCGUUCUCUCAGUUUUCAUUCAUUCGUCCAGCACCGGUUAAAGAAAAGGCCAUUAGGCUAUUUGGUAAAGAAUUUGGAGGAGGUGACUCCAUUUCUACUGAUCCUCGUGAAGAACCAGAGCUGUUUCCUGAUUCUAAUACUCAUGAAGAGAUCAAAGGCAACGAGAAUAAUGGCGAAAGCAGCCGGAAAUUCGAAUGCCAUUACUGUUGCAGAAACUUCCCUACUUCACAAGCCCUUGGAGGUCAUCAAAAUGCACACAAGAGAGAGCGUCAACGUGCUAAAAGGCUGCACCUUCAAUCUGCUAUGGUGCACAGUGCUCUUACUGUGGAUCUGGACAAGAUAGUUGCUUUGCAAAGGUUGUUGGAACCUUAUGGCAUUUCUGAGACCCCUUCUCACCAUUUCCCUUCAACCUCGCCGCCUCCACCGCUCGCGCCGUCUCUCCCCCUCCCUUCUCCCUCUCCCGCCUCCACCGCCACCACUGAUAUUAUAGCAACUAGCAGUAGUUCCAGUUCCUCCGGAUCGGUGUCGGGUCGUAGCACUGCAGAGGUUCACUUGACUCCUCCGAGAAAAUCCGAUUCCAACAAUACCAGUAUUUCCGGCGAGCAUUCGAGUUGUGCCCUAGAUAGUUUCCUGUCGCGACAUACAAAAUUGCAUAGUGGUGGUGCGAAUCUACACGGUGGUGUGGUGGAGAUGAUGCGGUUUAUCUAUGCACGCAGUGGUGGAACUAGGUCAGAAUUGGAUUUGGUGGCUGUUCUGUGGAGGUGA